GGACAAGAGAAGAAGAACCUUAUUCGUGGUGAAUGUGGAAUAAGAAGUGUCCUCCUAUCUCACCAGUAACAGAGAAGGAGGAUCAAACGAGUGACAGCAAGCUCGCACAGAAGAAUGGAAAAGGUAGAUGUACAGAACCAGGAAAAGGCCUAAACUUGGCUCGGCAGCUAGAGUAAGAAUGAGUCACAUUAUUUAACCGGUAGCUGAGUGUAGAGCACACAACAAAACUGCAAUCCUGACCACACUUGGCACCCAGAAUCGCUUGCCUGAGGGGAGGGAAUCUAAAAUGAGAGAGAGAGAGAAAACAUGAAGAGUUUGGCAGCCAGACAAUGACAUAUAAAGCGGACAAACAAAGAGGCUCGGUGCCAGUGAUCAAACUUGGGGCAACUGUGGGGGAGUAGUUAUCCGGUCUAGGCUGAUUCGUAGAUCCCCAAGUUUGUUCAGCUGACAGCUGAGUGUCCAGAAGGUGGCUAACAGGAUGAGGGCACAUGGCCCCACGGGGAUUACAAGCAGCAAGAAGAAGGUAAAGAGAUUAGACUCAAAAACACAGCCUGCUUUUUUAACCUCGUCACUGUUGUCACACUGACAGCGCAGGAGGAAACUCCUGAGCCAAAACUCUAUCAGGUCACUGUUUCUCAUUCCUCCACCUCUCCUCCCUCCCUCGCUCCCUCUGCCCAUCCAUCCAUGCAGCCUCCUCUGUGGUCUACAGGGACCAUCACGCCAGCAGCCAGGAACUAACUUGCUGCUGAAGAACUGAGCAGAUAUAGGAGUGGACCGGACAAGCUGAGCAUCUUGUCAGCACUGAUGACAACACUUUUGCACACUCUGCUCAUGAACUCAAGAUAAAGAAAGAUUCUGGAUUGGAUUGCUGUUUGCAACAGUCUCCAUGCAAAUGACAACUUCAGGCUUGAAAACCACAUAAAUUUGCCCAUCAUGCAUUUGAAGUCAGGACUAUUCUUCACUUUGUGUCUGUUUACCAUCCAAGCAAGUCAAAUAGACCUUCAUGACCACGGUUUUUCUGGACUCAGGGAUGUGAAGUACAGACACUUUCUAGCGGCGUCCAGACCAAUCAGACACACCGUAAACGUCAAAGCUCCGGAUGGCCAUCGGACGAAGAGGUCGGCACUCUUCACUACAGGGGUCAAAGUGUGUCCCCAGGAGACCAUAAAGGCGGUCGUCGGCAGCCAUCGGGCCUAUUACAAACUCAGAGUUUGUCAGGAAGCGAUUUGGGAAGCGUUUCGGAUCUUCUUGGACAGAGUCCCCAACUCAGAGGAGUACAGAGCCUGGGUUUACACCUGCCAGCAUGAAAACCUCUGCAUGGACGAUCUGGCCCAGAACUUCAGCAGCUCUCAGGAGCAUUUGGACAUGGUGGCCAGAAGAGUAGCUGAACAAGGUGAAGUUGUAGAAGUUGUUGAAGGAACCCCAGAUGCAGAAAGGGAAUGCACCUGGACACCCCCAAUGAUUCUGCUACCAACUGAGAAUGAUGCAAUCCCAGAGGACCCCAACAUGAUAAAAGAGAACUACGAGGAGUACACUGUUGAGUUCAGUAUCACCAUCGUGGAUCCGACAUACAGCAGGAUGCUCAGUGACCCAGAGACGCCACAGUACAGUGACAUUGCACAAGAGCUCACAGACAAGAUGCUUCAUGUGUUUGAAAGAGUUCCAGGGUUCAAAGAGAUACGUGUCGUGGGAUUUCAAUCAGAGGACUUGUCUGUGCGUUACGCUGUAGUCUUUAAUGGAGAAACGGAGCUCAGUGAUGAGUUUGAGGGUCUUGAGGAGCCAGGUGGGGAUGUAAACGCUCUGAAACUGAAGCACAUCAUCGUAAAGGCCUUAAAACAGGAACCGUCACUACCGCUGGACAUACAGACACUCAGCUUUGAGACUGUUACUACAGUUUAUUCUUAUGCAGAGCUUGGCAUAAACCAUGCAGAUGACACCACACAAAGGGGCACAGAGGACAAUACCUCCACCCAAAGUUUCCUCCCCACUGUGGCAGUGAUAGAAAACUCUUUGGAAGCUUCUACAUUCAAAGCAGAAACGCACACCUUCGUGCCUUUCAUCCCAAACAUCCUCCCAGAAGCCACACCUGUCAUCACAGAUGAGACCCCUUUAAUGGCAGGAGUAGAGGAGGAAUCCACCGAAGGUACUGCUGAAGAGCCCAGUGACAUUAUAACACCAGACACAAAUUUGGAAACUAUCACAGAGCAGGUAGAGGAAGCGGAGCCAGAGCCAGAGGUGGAGGAGAUGCCACCAACUGAGCCUGAUGACGGAGAACCUGAAUCUGCUGAUGGCAUCCCUGAGGAACAAGAUGAAGACCUUCCUUUGGCAACUCCAGACUCCCAACCAGAACAAGAACUUCCUGAUGCACCUACUGUGGUUUACCAUGACCCUCCAGAGUCUACAGAUCCCACAGUUACUGAGAUAUCCGUAAUAGAAGCAGCAGUGACGGUCUCCACAACACCAGCUCAUGAGGAUGCUGUCCAAGGCACUGAAUCAGAAACAAAUGUGGAGCCUUUGCCAUCCCCUACAGGGAGUGGCGAAGCAUCAGAGGACGGAGAUGAAGCUAGUGGAGGACACAGUGGAGCAACCCCGGUUACGACAGACCUGCCUCCUGAGAACUCAGACAUUCAAGAGGAUGUAGGGUCAAGUCAGAUCAUGACAGAAGCAGAAGUGACAGAAACCCUGCAAGAAGAGGGUAGCGGGCCAUUCCCCUCAGAGUAUGACGAAGACCCGUACGAAUCCACAGCUGGACCGGCGAUGAGACAAGCCAGUACCCCUCUGGUGACCGUAGUGGAAAAGAACAAAGAGUUAGUGGUUUUCUUUAGCUUGAGGGUCACUAACAUGAUGUUUUCUGAUGACCUGUUCAACAAGAGCUCCCCCGAGUAUAAAUCACUGGAGAAUACCUUUCUUGAACUGACACAGCACUCUGGGUCCAGAAACUCGCCAAACGCCGGAGCUUCCAGUAAAUCUGGGCUUAGGAGACAGACGACUUUAGCCUCCAUACCGCUUCUGCCAUAUCUACAGUCCAAUUUGACCGGAUUUAAGAAGCUGGAAAUUCUCAACUUCAGGAACGGCAGCGUUGUGGUAAACAGCAGGAUGAAACUGGACAAACCGGUACCUUAUAACGUCACAGAAGCUGUUCACUGCGUGCUCGAGGACUUCUGCAGUGCAGCAUCUAAGCGGCUUGACAUUGAGAUUGACAGCCGUUCCUUGGAAGUAGAACCAGCUGACCAAGCAGACCCCUGUAAGUUCCUGGCCUGCAAUGAGUUUUCACGCUGCGUGGUAAACAGUUGGACCGAUGAGGCCGAGUGUCUGUGUGAUCCGGGCUACAGCACUGUGGGCGACCUGCCAUGUCAAAGCACCUGCACUGUGUAUCCAGACUACUGCCAGAAUGGAGGCCUGUGUGAAGUAAUUCCAGGGCAUGGAGCCACCUGCAGAUGCCCUGUAGGUAAAUACUGGCACUACCAUGGAGAGCGCUGCAGCGAGCUAGUGUCAGUGCCGGUGGACCCUCCGCUGAUCAUAACCUGCCUCGUGGGAAGUCUCUGCCUUGUUUGUGCCGUCCUUGGCAUUUUGAUGUUCAUUAACAAGAAAUGUAUGAACACCAGAAAGGCUGUAACUUUGGUGCAUGCCCUUGCUCCCUAUGCCUUUGAGAAUACUUUGAGGGAGAACCCAGUGUUUGAGAAUGAUGAUGGUGUCUUAACUCAAGUGUCCACAUUGCCAUGUCCUUCAAGUUCUGCUUCUUCCCACUCACAACAAUCUGAACAAGAACAUUUUGCCUCAGUUGAAAAUAUACAUCUGAGUAUUGAGAUCCCCAGACAACUCUACACAACCAGAUCAGAAAAGUUAGUCUCAGAAAUGGUGGACUUUCAUCACUGUAUACCACACAAUGAGACGUGGCGUCGGUCAAGUGAAUACAGAACAUGCUGUGUUUUAAGGGCAUCAGAUAACGAAUGUUUUGAAGUAACAGUUCUUUGAUGACACCUUGUUCGUCGGAGGAGCAAAGCCUGAAGUUGCUGUUUAACCGUAUAUACAGGAUGUAUGGUGCAGUAGACCAGUCAAAAUGGUGUUAAAAAUGUUGAUGUGUCGUUCAUAGUGAUUGUGUCUCGUUAGACAGAGAGCUAUGGAUAUUAAGGUGGACUUAGGUUGUCUUAAAGUGGAACCUAAUAUUUAUUUCAUAUAUUGAAUUGUAGGAACAUUUCCUGUAUACCCUUGGCAAAGGUUCUUCUUUCCUCACAAUGAGGUAUUUAUUAUUUACAAGCUGAUACACAUGGUGGUAUCUUAAGCUUAGACUGUAAAAUGUUUAUUUUAAUGCUCAACCACUGUUGUGUCCCAAAAAGUGAAUGAAUGUAUAAGUUGUUGACUUUGGGUCAUGGCAUAUUGUUUCUAGAAAUAUUGUCUGUCCUAUUCAAAACAACUCUUCCCACUAAUCAUUUA